GGAAUUAAGCCCACAUAAACCCAACCUCGAGAUCUAUCUACAGAGCAAAAGACAACAACUGGCUGGAAGAUGGGUUUCUCGUUCCAUCAGUCCGUGAGCUAGGCAGAAUUCCUGAAUACUUACUGUGUGGCCCCGGAUUUAACAAGAAACCCCGCGAUUAGAAUACCCCCUGUUACCUGCUAGGUUGGCACUGAGUAUUUGCAGGUACCUUAAGGUACUUUAAAGUAAGUGGAUACCUACAUAUGUGUACCUAGGUACCUACAUAGGUAGGUCGCCACUAAGACGCGAGCACCACCUCUGAGAGGUACAGGUAGUUCUAGAGGCGUUGAUGACGACUCGAAGCGACCCAGUUCUACUUCUCUAGACAUCCAAGGCGCCUCCUAGAGAAGCUGAGAUGCUCAACGACUCCACGACUGUGCUUGGACUCCGGCCUCAAUCUGAACUGGUCCUAUUGGCAAAACAGGAGGCUUCCCUCGAAUUGUGAACUCGUCCACAAGUCUCCACCGACAGCUAGCAGUCAGGCCAGUCUUACAGCCCAACACACCACCGUUCGGCCUUUGUGACUGUCUGUUGCAGGACCUUGCUUGGACCAGCCCAUGCCUUCGCCUUUCCGAUUUUCACCUGACGGUCCAAUCCAUUCUGCUGUGAUCCCUUCCAAACGAAGGCUGCCCCAAACUGAAAGCUUGUCUUCUCGACACGAUAACAAACGACAGAGAGACACCGUCCCGAGUGCUCCGGACUCUUGCACUAUGAGUAAGGCGCUUGGGAAGCGGCCAGCGACACAGCCAGUACGAUCAGCCUUCGAACCAAACAAGGGUGCCAAGAAGCUUAUCGUCUCGAGACUUCGUACAGUCUCGCGUUCUAAUGAUGUUGAGCAAUAUUAUGAGAAGAGGAGGAAUGAGCUGAAGGUGGCUCUAGCAGCCAUCUUCAACAACCAACAACCUAAACAACCACUUGAGACUCUGUACAGGGGUGUCGAAGAUAUAUGUCGUCAUGGAGAUGCCCGAGACCUAUUUGACAUUCUGCGAGCUCAAUGCGAGUCCUAUCUAAACAGCCGUCUGCACCAGGCCAUCAUGGCAAAUGGAGGCUCAUCCAAUAUUGACAUGCUCAGGGCUGUCUCAAAGUAUUGGACUAUCUGGAAUUCUCAGUCCACAACCAUCCGUUCGAUCUUCAGUUAUCUCGAUCGUUCAUUUUUACUAAAUAAUAAAGAACUCCCACAAAUCAACGACUUAGCCAUAAUGCUUUUCAGGAAAAUGGUUUUUGCUUCCGUGCAAUCCUCUCCUUCCAGUGUAGGCGCAAAGUCCUUGGUUGGCCUUUGCGACUUGAUUGAUUAUGAUCGAAAAGGCGACUCACGGUUCGACCCCGCAUUGUUGCGCGAUUCUAUUUCUAUGCUCAACGUCCUCAACGUCUAUGGAAAAUUGUUUGAGCCACUUUUCUUGAAGACAUCCAGUGCCUAUUUGCAUGAAUUUGCCGAGGAGCUCAGCGCCUCCUCACUCAAGUCUUAUAUUUCUGCCUGUGAAAAGCUUCUGGCUCGGGAAGAUGACCGCUGCAAUGCUUUCAACUUUGACAGUACUACGAAGCGGCAACUGAUGAAUGCGGCACAUGUCACAUUGAUCGAUGAUUACUCAGAAAAGUUGCUAGAUGGUGGCAGUAUAGGCAAGAUCCUAGAUGAGAACUCUGUGGAAUCCAUGAAGGCGCUAUACGAUCUGCUGCGUUUGAGUGACCUUCAAAGGCGGCUGCGGGGCCCGUGGGAAGAUUAUAUCAAGAAUGCAGGCUCGGCUAUCGUUAAUGAUACCUCAAGAGGAGAUGAGAUGGUAGUCCGAUUACUUGAAUUCAGGAAAACACUAGACAUUAUGGUGCGAGAUGCCUUCAAGAAAGAUGACGACUUUACUCAUGGCUUAAGACAAGCAUUUGACAACUUCAUCAACGACAAGAAGAAUAUGACCUCACGCAAUUCAGGAACGUCAAAGGUUGGGGAGAUGAUCGCAAAGUACGUUGAUAUGCUUCUCCGUGGUGGUUUAAAGACUCUCCCAGCAUCGCUUCUCUCAGAUGUACAAGACCGCGUAGAUGCAGAAAAGCGCGGCCAGGCCAGCACGGGUGACGAGGAUGCGGAGUUGGAUCGUCAACUAGAUAAGGCCCUCGAAUUAUUCCGUUUUAUCGAAGGUAAAGGGGUGUUUGAGGCUUUCUAUAAACAGGAUCUUGCCAGACGGCUCUUAAUGGGUCGCAGCGCCAGCGCAGAUGCAGAAAGAAGCAUGCUUGCUAAAUUGAAGAGCGAAUGUGGCUCGGACUUUACACGUAACCUAGAACAAAUGUUCAAAGACCAGCAGAUGGCUCGUGAUGAGAUGGACUCGUACAAAGAAUGGCGAGAGGGUAAUGGGUACACCAAGACCAAACUCGAUCUCAAUGUUAGCAUCUUGUCAGCUGCAGCAUGGCCCACUUACCCAGACACUCAACUCCUGCUACCUGACGGCAUUGCGUCUCAACUGGAGCAGUUUGCCACAUACUACACCAACAAGCACACAGGAAGACGACUCACUUGGAAGCAUUCCCUUGCCCAUUGUGUAGUGAGAGCAUCGUUCAAUAAAGGGCCUAAAGAGCUGUUAGUGAGUGCCUACCAGGCCAUCGUCUUGACUAUUUUCAACCAGACCGAUGAACCUGUAUCGUAUCAGCAAAUCGCGGAACGCUCGGGCCUCAGUGGCCGGGACUUAGAUCGAACACUGCAGUCGUUAGCUUGUGGCAAAGUCCGUGUCAUAACAAAAGAUCCGAAGGGCAAGGAUGUCAAUCCAACAGAUAAAUUUCUUGUCAAUAAGAGCUUCUCUGACCCCAAGUUUCGCAUCAAGAUUAAUCAGAUCCAAUUAAAGGAAACCAAAGAAGAGAACCAAGAAACACACGAAAGAGUUGCCAGAGAUAGGCAGUUUGAGACCCAAGCAGCGAUUGUUCGCAUUAUGAAGAGUCGCAAGACAAUGACCCAUGCCAAUUUGGUUGCCGAAGUCAUUAAUCAAACUAAGAAGCGUGGCGCUGUCGAUACUUCUGAAAUCAAGCAGAACAUUGAGAAAUUGAUCGAGAAAGAUUACCUCGAAAGAGAGGGAUCUUCUUAUACAUAUCUUGCAUAAAAGUCCUAAGCUAACGUGUAACACGCCAUGGUCGUCAGUGUUGGCUUUAGCAACGGUGCUGUUCAUACGCUUAAGGGGGUAAUCAUGCUUAAACGAUAGACCUCUAGAGUGAAUAUCCUAACAAAGCAUGACUGAAGGCGUAGUUAUGAUGAUGACAUAGAUGGGCUUGAAGUCGGUUCUUGCUGUUCUAGUCCGAACACCUAAAGAUAAAAGGAAUAGGGAGGGG